AUGGUUAUAUUUACUAGUGUGAAAUUUUAUCCAAUACUUAAUCGAUUAAGAAAAAAUGGAACAUUACCAUCUUAUUUUAUCUUGGAUUAUGAGACUCCGUUAGAAAUGCCUCCUAUUAGAUCGCUUAUAUCUACUUUUGAACAACAAUAUCGCAUUGAUCCUGAACGUUCUUAUCAUUCGAUUGAUCUUUAUGCUGUGUGGUGCGCUAAAUCAUUUAUGCUUAAUCAUACUGUCGAACUCAAUCCAUUUCAAACAAAAUUUUUUCUUUAUAUGGAUGCUGGAGCAUUUCGAUCAUCUAAAUACCGUUUUCAAGUGUGGCCAGAUGUGCCAACUCUCAGUAAGAUAUUAGAUAACAAUCGAUUUCUUCUUGGAUUGAUCGCUCCACUUUCUCAUCAAUUUUGUCCUCUUGAUUAUAAAACGACCAAUGGUCCGGUCAAAAAAGAUCUAAUUGAAGCUGGCUUUAUGGCUGGUUCGAUUGAUGCGAUUCGUUGGUGGACUUCGGUUUUUUAUGAAACAAUUCAUAAUUAUCGUAAAGAAAACUUUUUCAUUGUCAAAGAUCAAUAUAUAAUUAAUGUUAUUGCAUUAGUUCACUCAAAUCAUAUCAAUGUACUUCUACCAUUUCGAAGUUCAUGUGGAGAUAUCUGGUUUGCUUUCGGACCACUUUUUGCUAACAAAUAUGAAAAAGAAAGUUUGUCAUAUUCGAAUCAUUGUCGAAUAGAGAAUGUAUCAGAACUCAUAAUCCCUUUUGAAACUAUAAUUAUUCAUAUUCAAUCGAUGGGAAUACAACUCAAACAUUGUUUACUUUUUGCAGUAGCUGUCUUAUUGACUUCGACUGGAAUUCAUUUGCUUCGUCCAUUAUCAGUGGUGAUUGAAUAUAAAAUAAAGAAAUGUGAUUACAAUAUCACUCCUGUUCUUCGUCCAAUGUGUCAACGUGAGGAAAGAAUAAUUUGUGAUAAACUCGAUCAAGUAACAAUUUAUUCACCAUGUUUUCCAUCAACUUUACUCGAUUCCGAAGUCGCCUGUCAUGAUAGUUAUUCUUGUGAUGAACAAACAACGAGAAUUGCAACAAAAAAUGUCCCGAUAGACGACGUAUCUCGAAAAGCAUUUUUUAGUGCUUUGUAUACCGACAAUAAUUUCUUGGAAGGAGCAAUGCUAUUGGAUCAUACUCUCAAGAAAUAUCAUCCUCGUUAUCAGAUGUAUAUAAUGCAUUUUGAAAAUGCGUUAAGUAAUCGAACAUUAUGUUCUUUACGACAAAUUGGUUGGAUACCAAGAGUGGUAAAGAAGAUUCCACCGCCUUUGAAAGGAACUUGGUCGCAUUUUAUUGAUCAGUUUACAAAAUUAACAUUAUGGAAUAUGACAGAAUUCGAUUCGAUUAUUUAUUUGGAUACCGAUACUCUUGUAUUAAAUGAUAUUUCACAUUUACAUGAACUUGUAAGUGAUCCAUCUCGUACAAGAUUUGAAUUUGCAGCUGUCGCGGAUAAUUGGCAUGGGAAAUUUGCUUACCAUUUCAAUGCUGGAGUACUUGUUUUACAUCCAUCUACAAGUGUAUUUAAUGAAUUAAUUCGAACAAUGAGUUUACCAGGUAAUUAUCAUCCAACAAUGGCUGAAGAAGCAUUUCUCAAUGCUUUCUAUCAACUUCGAUAUUUACAAUUACCACUUAUCUACAAUGUAAACUUGGCAAUGUAUCCGGCUUAUCGAGAUCUUUGGAAAAGACUACAACGAGAUUUUAAAGUUGUUCAUUUCACACUAGUCAAACCAUUUCUUAAACAAUCAAACACGGCUUAUGAUGUUCCUCUAAAAAUUUAUCAAGACGUUCAAGAUGAAUAUUCGAAAACAAAGAUACCUCAUCAACUAAAAACAAUAUGCAACUGA